GGUAUAUUCCUUGGAGUGAAGCGAGGCAGUUAUCUUUAGCUGUUAGUGAACACAAUUGCGGUAUCCGAUACUUGGAACACGUGCAAGUACAGGUCGACCUAACUUUUUCUCGCCGAGGCUACCUGGAGAUGAGUUCUGUAUCACCCAGUGGAACUCGGUCCAGGCUUCUUUAUCCGCGAGUGAUUGACAGUAUCACCGGCUUCAAAAACUUUACAAACUGGACGGUGACUAGCUUACAUUACUGGGGAGAGAACCCUGUUGGAGAGUGGAAUAUCAAAAUAAGAAACACAAGGAAAGACAGAAAACCCAGACAAGUUAAUGAAGACACUUCUCCUUGGGGACCUUGGUUCGACUGCGACGUCAAGUGCGGUGGAGGGCGUAAACACCGUUACCGCACAAAUUGUACGACCAUCUCUCGCCGUGCUGCGGAUUUAAAAUAUUGUGUUAAUAGUACUGCCUGUAACUUACAGCCAUGUCUACCGGUUGCUGGAGGCUUUUCAAACUGGUCCCCCUGGUCUGAAUGUAGCGUCACAUGUGGUGGCGGAACUCAACAACGAAACCGAUUAUGCACCAAUCCACGACCAGGAAACAAUGGAACAAAAUGCAAGGGACCAGCUCAUGAAACACGGACAUGUGCCUCUGAAAUGUGUCCAACACCAGGUGACUGUUUUUAUAUUGUUUCUCCCCAAAUUGUACUAAAAAAAAUCAAACUGUUUGGUGUUUUUUGUUCAGUUGCUGGAGUCUUUUCAGACUGGUCCCCCUGGUCUGAAUGUAGCGUCUCGUGUGGUGGUGGAACUCAACAGCGUAACCGAUCAUGCACCAAUCCACGUCCAGGAAACAAUGGAACAAAAUGCAAGGGACCAGCUCAUGAAACACAGACAUGUGCCUCUGAAAUGUGCCCAACACCAGGUGACUGUUUUUAUAAUGUUUCUCCCCAAAUUGUACUAAUAAAAAUCAAACUGUCGCUGAUACCUAUAAGAGCAUACGUUGUGUUUAUUUUUAUUCUUUCAUUUCAAGUGAUGAGCAUCGACGAUUACUUUGAAAUUAUUAGCCUGCUACUUUAUUUUUUUUAUUGUUGUUAUUUUGUUGUUGUUGUUUUUCAACUGCACAUAGUGGCCCACACCGAUCCUUGUCAAAAUAUUAAAAGUGACCAACAGUGUACAUCUUGGAAAAUCUACUGUAAGAUGAGUUCGUAUGUACAACGCAAUUGUGCAGACACUUGUGGAAAAUGCCCAGGUCGCGUAUUUUCGUUGAAGUUGAUUUUGUACGGAACCAGAGAAGAUCCCCUUACAAACAACAGUCAUGUCGACAGAAGGAGGAAGAGAUGGACGAGAUUUACCACAGAUCAAAUUAAAAAUCGCAGGAAAGAUAUUCCUAUUCACGGAGGCUACACGCGGUGGAGUUACUGGUCUCGCUGUAGCAAAACAUGUGGAUGGCCAUGGGGAACUCAGUAUCGCUCUCGUACAUGUACUAAUCCUCCGCCAGCAAACAAAGGAAGAAGCUGCCUGGGAGCAGACAAAGAAAUUAGAAAAUGUAACAAGCGUAGAUGUCCAGUUCACGGUGGCUACUCGCAGUGGUCUAGUUGGUCUCGUUGUAGUCAGUCUUGUGGUCCAGGAAUGGAAUACCGUUCCCGUUCCUGCACAAAUCCUUGGCCAGCACACGGAGGACGAGGAUGUAACAGCCUUGGACCACGUAGAGAAUGGCGGAGUUGUUACAUUAAGCGAUGCCCAGUUCAUGGCGACUACUCGCAGUGGUCUCAUUGGUCUCAGUGUAGCAAGUCAUGUGAUGGAGGAAAGCAAGAUCGUUAUCGUUCGUGCACCAACCCCGUGCCUGCGAACGGAGGAAAAGACUGCAGCAGACUGGGACAAGCUAAAGAGUCAAGGUCGUGUAACACAUAUCGGUGCCCAGGUAAAGGAUUUUUUUAUCUGGAGAGAAAUUGUUAUUAUGCACAUAUAAGUAAUACAGAUGAUAAACUCGAAUUUUACACGUCUGGUCUAGUUGGUCUCGUUGUAGUCGAUCAUGUGGUCGAGGAAAGUAAUACCGUGAUCGUUCCUGCACAAAUCCUUGGCCAGCAUACAGAGGACGAGGUUGUUUCAGUCUCGGACCACGGACAGAAUCACGGACUUGUAACAUUCAGCUGUGCCCAGUUCAUGGUGGAUAUUCGCAGUGGUCUCAUUGGUCUCAGUGUAGCAGGUCAUGUGAUGGAGGAAAGCAACAUCGUAAUCGUUUAUGCACCAAUCCCCCGUCUGCAAACGGAGGAAGAGACUGCAGUCGACUGGGACGAGAUAAAGAGUCACAGACAUGUAAAAAACAGCGGUGCCCAGUUGAUGGAGGGCAUUCAAACUGGUCUUCCUGGUCCCAAUGUAGCGUCACAUGUGGAAAUGGAACUCAACAGCGUAAUCGAUCGUGCUCUAAUCCACCUCCUACAAAUGGUGGAAUACAAUGUGAAGGACCCACUCAGGAAAUACAAUUAUGCUCGUAUGAAAUGUGCCCGAAACCAGAACCCAUUAUUCAAUCUCUUCGCAGGUGCUGGAGGAUAUUCAGACUGGUCUUCCUGGUCUCAGUGCAGUGUCACGUGUGGCAAUGGAACUCAGCAGCGUAACCGAUCUUGCAACAACUCGCAACCUAGAAACAAUGGAACAACAUGUAUGGGACCUGUUUGGGAAACCCGCUUAUGUCCCUUUGAAAUAUGUCUAACACCAGUUGCUGGAGGGUUUUCAGACUGGUCUUCCUGGUCUCAGUGUAGUGUCACAUGUGGUAAUGGAACUCAACAGCGUAACCGAUCAUGCACCAAUCCACCUCCUGCAAACAAUGGAACAACUUGCAGGGGUCCUGCAAAAGAAUCACGAACAUGCGCCUUUAAAGCCUGUAACACUUUAGUUGUGAUAAAUAAACCCUGCCGAGAUCAUGCAAGUAACAACAUGUGUAUCGAAUGGAAACUGAAAGGCUAUUGUAAAAGCGUUAACGACACUAAAAGGUAUUGUGCGAGGACUUGUGGAAGAUGUGAACAAGGUUUGUUAUGCCCUUUUUCUUUUUUUGUUCAGUUUGGAUCUAUUGAAACAUCAUUCGGUUACACUUUCUCUUUAGUGUUUUCAGAUAUUUCUAUUGAUGGUGGUUACACGCAAUGGAGUCUGUGGAGCUGGUGUAGCGAGCCAUGCGGUGGAGGAACUCAAUCUCGCAAUCGUUCGUGCACCAAACCCCCUCCCAAAAACGGUGCCAAAGGCUGCAGCGGACUGGGACGAGCUAAAGAAUCACGAAGAUGUAACAAAUUCAGCUGCUCAGGUAUUUUAGGUUCCAUUUUCUUUUUUUGUAAGUCUGCAAUAAAAGACGUUCAACCAGAAGUUCACAGAGUCUACACCUUAUAGAAAGACAGGCGCGACAGAUUCGAGAGUAGGCUUACUCUUGCGGAGGAAAUGACACAGGAAGGACAUCGUUUAGACCGCGCCAAUUCGGAGAAUUGCAAAAAGUCACCAACAACAAAAUACCAUUCUUCUGACGCUUUUCAAUCACUCUUCCUCACCUCACCAGUUUUGUUCAGAACCAAAGCUGUUCCAGAUUUGCGUUUGCCAUUUGCUGGCCCAGCCUUUUAAACUUGUGAAUGUGAAGCAACAAUAGCAAC